GGCUAACCUUUCUCAUUGUCAUUGUCAAGAUUGUUUGUUUGUUUGUUUGAAUCAUCGAUUAAUUGAUUGCUAAAUCAUCAUUAUCAUUAUUGAUUCUGUUGAAUUAAAAAAACGAAAAAAAAAUGCUUUUAUCCGUAAUGGUACCAUCAGAUGAUGAAGAACAUAUACGUCGUACAGCAUAUCGUGCUAGACGUCGUCGUCGUGAAUCUGAUACCGGUAUUACUGGUGGUAUUGUUUUAAGAUCAUCAUCUGGUAGUCAUGGGCGUCGUUUAGUUUCAUUAAAUCCUUAUGGUACAAUGACUAUUGUAAGUAAAUUUUUUUUUUUGUGGAAAAUAUUUCAAAAAAAUGAAUGUUUUGUGUAA